CUCUCCCGGUCCCCUGCUCUCCCCGUGCUGGGCUGUCAGUGCUCACCAUGUCUCGGCCGGAGGAGGAUCUGAGCGGGACUUUACCUUACCGGACCGAGCCGCGGAGGAGCCCUAGGCUUAGCCUCUACCACCUGAAACUGACCGACUCGGCUCUGCGCUGCCUGCGGGACUUCCAGCGAGGACAGGGUUCUGGAUCUUUGCUACCUCAACCUGUGAUCACCUUUCAAGGCAACCAAGGGUACAUCAAGAUUCCUUCUCCCAUCUCUGGCUCAGAGGACCGUGUUCAAAUCUUUUCCUUCUACCUCUCUAGAGAGAGUAAAGAUAAACCUCAAUCAAGCUUUGAGUGCAUUCGGCAGGGCACCUUAUGGUCAGGGGAGAAAAAGUUGAGCUGUGUAGGAAGCAUACAAGACAAGAUCACUGUUUGCGCUACAGAUGAGUCAUAUCAGUUAACGCGUGAUCGAAUGUCUCAGGUGGAAAAGGAAACAUGGAGUAGGACCGCCAUUGAGAUCAAACCUGGCGCAUCAUAUAGAAGUAAAUGUGUGAAGAUUCCAAGUAAGAACAGCAUGGAACAUGGUAAAGAGGGUUCUCCUUGCAACCGCCAUCCAACUGUAUUUUUAACACCAGCAGCCAAGAAAUGUAACCGGGUUAAUGGUGAGCACAGACCUCUCCAAGAAUGGCUAAUUCAUCUUCUGGCCAUCAAACCUCACCGGAAACAGGAUGUUGUCCUGCGAUUAGAAAAAGCCCAUGCGCUUCCCAAGGAACAGACAGAACUACAGUCCACACUGGAUAUGGUAGGACGUUUGAGUGCUAAAGAUGGCAGCUACAGUCUAAGAGAGGAACUUUACUGCCAGGUACAGAGAAAUUGGCCGGGAUAUACCCCUGAGGAGAAGCAGCAUAUGGCAGAUAUUCUUUCCAGGAAGCAACACAACAUUUCCUCAUCACGGAAUUGUCUGACAACAAACCCAGCUGCCUCUUCUCAUCCUAAUGGCAGGGUCAGGCCUCCUGAGGCAAAAAGACCUGCAUCCACAGAGACCGCACAAAAUGAGAAUUGCAAAAAAACAAGAGGUUUAGACUUGGACAGUCGACGAAAAGAUGAAAAAUACUCUAAAAUUGUCCCAGAUAUGAACUCUAUGAACUCUAAGAGUCUAGACAAAUCUUCAGUGUCUGAAAACCAUCAUCACAAAACACAGGAUACCCACAGAACAGUCUGCAAAAGCCAACACAAAGAGCCAGAAAGAGGACCGAAGCCCUGCAAUGUGCCUGACACUGUGAAGACAAAGCAUCGAGAAGCCACAUCUCAAGUGCACAAAAUGACUGAAUGGUGUAAAGAAAGGAAGAGGGAACACGACUCCAGUGAGGAAGCGGAAGAAGAUGAUGAUGAUGAGUGGGAGGAAGAGGCUCUUCUACUAGAACGAUGUCUUGGCUAUGCAGAAGAAAAGCAGCAGUUUAAUGAGUCAUCACCAGCUUCUGAAGAGGCUCCAGAUUAUAUAAAGAAGUACAGCACAAUUACAUCCCCAGAGCAGCAGAAAAUGUAUGAAGAUGACUUUGCAUCUGAUUACACAGAGUACCUGGAACUCCAUGCAAAGAUUGGCAAAGUGCUGGACAGAUUUGUAUAUCUAGGGUCCAAAAAGAAGAAACUUAAACCUGGAACUGUAGAACAUAAGGUGAUUGAAAAUAAGAUUCUUACUGAAUAUAAAAAGUUAAAAAAGACCUACCCUGGUUACAGAGAAGAGAAAUCCCGCUGUGAAUACUUGCACCACAAACUGUCACACAUCAAGUACCUGAUUCUGGAAUACGAAAAAAAUAAGCCAACUUAGCUGUAUGGAUUAACAGAACCAGGUCUUUUAAAACCAUGCAACAGGAACUUGCAGAAUGCCUCAUUAACAGUUAAACCAUUGUCGCCAGGAAUGAAAUGACAAGCCCUCUGUAAAAAGGUGCCAUCAGAUCAACCAUGAAGAUGAUCACAACUGCUGCCUUACUCUAUAGACAUAUGGAUGUGUACAGACUGGUACAGUAGAAGAUUUAAUGUGAAAUAGGGUCUACGCGACUGAUUAAAGAUUUUUGCUUUGAAGAAGGAAAAUUAAAUAUUCUACAAUAUUGCAAAAGUCCACAGCUUUACUUCAAUCUUGCAUUUGCCAAAUGCUUACAGAACUAGGAUUUGCAAACAAUGUCCUUUUCCAGCAAACAGCAAGUAGUGAAUGGUCACCCUACCAAAGAACAUUCAGCAGCACUCUGAGAAUAAAGUGUAUUGUCCAGCAACAAGCUUUUUAGGAUAGUGUACCAUUCAAGUAAUUCAAUUUAAUCUAAACAUUAACAAGUCAUUAUGCUAACACAAUGUUU